CGGAACAGCUGAAGGCCGGGAGGACAGAACACCCGCAGAACCGGCCCAGGAGGAAGAUUGACUCAGGCCCCACCUGAGGCCCAGCCACCAGGCUGCCCAGCUCUGGGCCAACUCGCUUCACCCUCCAGGGGAGUAGAGACCCUCAGGGACCUGGAGUUCAGGGGGAGGAGGGAAGAGCAUCCAGAAGGCGGAAGGCAGGAGGGACUCAGCUCCAGAGAUAAGCCCCUUCGGUGGCCCUGGGUCCUCAGACUCAGCCACGGCGCCAAAUGAGCCACAGAUGUUUUUGCAGUCCCAGGGGCAAGAGAUGCCAGGAUAGAAGCGCCGGGACGCUCAGACGCACGGGCUCAGAGCCCUCAGCUGGACUGGCCCUCGCUGCCGCGCUGCCGCAGCCUCCAGCACCACCUGUCCCACUUCUUCUGCUUCUUGCCCCUCCUUAGCCCUGGGGCCUGGGCUGCCCGAGAACACGACUCAGCCCGCCAUACCCUUAACAGUUGCAGCCCAGGACCCAGCAUGGCGAGGGACUUCCAGGACAUCCAGCAGCUGGACUCCGAGGAGAACGACCACCAGCUGGGCAGAGGUGAGGGCCCAGGCGCUGGGUACCGUCCCAAGAGAGAAGACCCAAUCUGGAAAGGGACACCUCUUCCCCAGCCUCUUGUGCUGCAACGUCUCUGCUCCAAGCUCCGCCUCAGUCUGCUUGUCCUGGGCUUCAACGUCCUGAUGCUGGUGGCUGUCUGUGUGGUGGGGUCCCAAAGAACACAACUGCAAAUGGAACUGCAGACCCUAAAGGAAACGUUCAGCAACUUCUCCUCCAGCCUCCUGAUGGAGAUGCUGACGCUAAGCACCCGUGGAGGCAGCGCAGGUGACAAGGUGACAUCUCUGGAAGCCAAGAUGGAAAAACAGCAGCAAGACCUGAAGGCAGAUCAUGCCACCUUGCGCCUUCAUCUGAAGCACUUCCCGAGGGAUGUGCGCACGCUGACUUGUCGGUUGGUGUUCCUCCAGAGCAACGGCACGGAAUGCUGCCCGGUUAACUGGGUGGACUAUGAAGGCAGCUGCUACUGGUUCUCUCGCUCUGGGAAGGCCUGGGCCGAGGCUGAGAAGUACUGCCAGCUAGAGAACGCCCACCUCGUGGUCAUCAACUCCAGAGAGGAGCAGAAAUUCAUUGCACAACGCACGAACCCCUUUCAAACGUGGAUAGGUCUCACCGACAGUGACGGUUCCUGGAAAUGGGUGGAUGGCACAGACUAUGGGAACGGCUACAAGAACUGGGGUGCCCUGCAACCAGACGACUGGCAGGGGCACGAGCUGGGGGGCAGCGAGGACUGUGUCGAGAUCCAGGGGGACGGCCGCUGGAAUGAUGAUUUCUGCCAGCAAGUGAAACGCUGGGUGUGUGAGAUGAAGCAGAAUAUUACCAUGUAGACCCCCGACCUCCAGCAGACCCCUGCCUCCAGCCCCCCCACCACCCGGGGGGGGGUUGCAUUUUGAAGAAAAGGAGGAGAAGAGAGUCGUCAGAGGCGGGGGGAGGGGCUGAGGAAAGCUAGCAGGGGCUGGUUGAAGAAUCUCGGACCCCGGGGAGCCUGUGAGCCUGCCUCCUUCUGAAAUUCACUGUAAUUAUGAUCAUUUUCGGCCUCCUCAAUGGCGUAGGAAGAGAACAAAUACUUGAAAGGCUGCGUGGAGUGGUUAUUUGGCGCUGGCAAGUGCAGGCUGCAAAGAGGGAGGGCGGGGGAGUCCGGAAGAGGGAAAGCUAAAUAAAUAUCUAAGAAA